AUGAUUUCCGUGUCCUCCCGCUACGUGGCCGCCAUUCUCCCGGUACUUGUCCCUGUCUUCUACGCCAUCCAGCACUUCUAUCUCCGCACCUCACGUCAGAUGCGUCUCCUCGAUAUCGAGCACAAGGCCCCGCUCUACUCCCAGCUCAUCGAGACUCUCGAGGGUUUAGCGACGAUCAGAGCGUUCAAGUGGGAAGACGACUUUGAGAAGACGAAUCUGCACCGGCUAGAUAACUCGCAGCGGCCUAGCUAUUUACUCACUUGCCUCCAACGGUGGCUGACAUUUUCCGUGGACAUGGUUAUUGCGGUCAUUGCUCUCGUAUUGAUUGCACUCGUUACGACCCUCAGGGAACAGAUCGGACCUGGCUUCAUAGGUAUUGCUCUGACGAACAUCUUGUCGUUUAGCGGCAUUGUCAAGACGAUCAUCACGUCAUGGGUUACGUUGGAAGUUUCGCUCGGCGCGGUUGCGCGGGUGAGGAACUUUACCUUGACUACAAGACCUGAAGGGGAUUCCGAGGUCCAUCUCACUGAGCCGGAAGGGCAGUGGCCCAGUCGAGGUGCGGUUGAGUUUUGUGGUGCAACGGCGUCAUAUCCGUCGUCCGGCACCAUCCUUAAAAGGGUCGACUUAUCGAUACAGCCGGGCCAAAAGGUCGCUAUAUGCGGGCGAACAGGCAGCGGGAAAAGCUCUCUCAUCCUCUGUCUUCUCCGCAUGAUGGACCUAGAUUCCGGCUCCAUCACGAUCGACGGCGUCGACAUCUCCACCCUCCCACACGAAUACGUCCGCUCUAAGCUCGUCGCCGUACCGCAAGAGUCAUACAUCUUUGAUGGAACGGUCCGUCUGAACCUCGACCCCACCGAGACCGCCCCAGACUCGGAGCUCGUAGCUGUUCUUGAAAGAGUACAACUCUGGGACAAGGUCGAGGAGCGAGGCGGGCUCGGCGCGGUCAUUGACGACAAGUUCUUUUCGCAGGGCGAGGCGCAGUUGUUGGUCUUCGCGAGGGCGAUGCUGAGGAAGGGCAAGGUGCUCAUCUUGGAUGAGAUCACCAGCAGUCUAAACGAGGAGUCGAGUCGGAUUGUUGAUGAAGUACUACGGACUUGGUUCCGUGACUGGGCCAUCAUCGCCAUCGCACAUAAGUUGGAGUCGAUUCUGGACUUUGACCGAAUUGCGGUGCUUGAUGCGGGCGUGGUUGUCGAGUUCGGCGAGCCCAGGCAGCUGCUGAGACAAGCAUCAGCUUUCAGCAGGCUGUAUGAGCAUUCGCCGGCUUCUGGUACAGGCUGA